AUGGAUGCAGAAUUUAAUGUAAACAGCAGUAAUAGGGAUACUCAUAUUCAUCCUUGCUAUGUCUCAGAAAAUGAAACUUACAUGUUUGCAAACAACCCGUCUGUCAUGUGUGUAUCAUUGUACAUCUUUCUUGGACUAUUGUCUAUCGUUACUCUUUGUGGAAACUUACUUGUCAUAUUUUCGAUCAUUUACUUCAGGCAGCUCCAUACUCCCACUAACUACCUCAUUCUCUCUUUAGCUGUUUCUGAUCUGCUUGUUGGGAUUUUAGUUUUCCCCUUUAGCAUGGCAUUCACUGUGACUUCAUGUCUCAAUUAUGAAAGCUUGUUCUGCAAAAUACGGGACACAUUUGAUGUCACAAUGUGCACAGCUUCUAUUCUAAACCUAUGCUGUAUUUCAAUCGACAGAUACUAUGCAGUCUGCCAGCCUUUGACAUAUAGGAUGAAAAUGAAUGCUAAGAUAACUGUGGUUAUGAUCCUCUUCACAUGGGGAGUCUCUAUUCUAAUAGGAAUUGCCAUCAUUAUUGCAGGAUUCAGCCAAGGAACAUGUGAGGAUGAAUGCUCUGUUGACAUUAUAGCUGCCAACACUAUGGGUCCUGUUUUCUCUUUUUACCUUCCAGCAGUCAUAAUGCUCUGCAUUUACUUCAAGAUCUUCCUUGUUGCUCAGAAACAAUUAAAAAGUAUCCAUAACACAAACUGCUUAGAUAGAAAGCCAGGAACAACAGUUAGUAGGGUGGAGAAAAAGGCCACCAAAACCCUGGCAAUUGUGAUGGGGGUAUUUCUUUUAUGUCUCACUCCCUAUUUCAUCUGUGUUGUCUUCCAGCCAUUAUAUCACAGCCCCCCACCAGUCCCUGUAAUAGAGACACUAAACUGGCUUACACUCUCAAAUUCAAUGCUUAAUCCUUUAAUUUAUGCCUUCUUUUACAGCUGGUUCAGAUCAGCUUUCAGAAUGAUAAUUUCAGGAAAAAUAUUCCAAUGUGAUCUGACAAACUCCAGAAUAUCUUGA